AUGGCCAACGACCAGAAAACCGAGAAAGAUGUUUCUGCUGAUUCAACGACUUCUCUUCUCAGUGAGAAGGGGAGAACCAAAAAGCUGAGCCCGAGAAUAAAGAAGGUCAGGACGCAAAAGAAAUUAAGUCUGCUACUCAGUAUGAAGACUAAGAAAGCUGUUACUGCUAUGAUUUCCAAAUCUAAAGAAGGUCAUGAAUCUGCCAACUCAUAUCUGACAGAGGAAGAAAGAGUCAUGAAAGAGCAGAGUGAAUUCAUGGGAAUCUACUCCUCCACGAUUUGA